AUGCCGCUGAAUAUGGAGCAAGAACGCAAGCAGAAGAGAAUAACAGAGCUUAUAAAAGCUCUCCCCGUAGACCGCAAAAAGCUGGAAGAUCUGCUGCUAAAUAACUCUCUGGAAGACAUAGAAGUAAAGAUAUAUGGGAGCAAAAUAGGGAAAGUUGAAAAAGCCAUAAAAAAGGCCAUCAGACACAUCGGGAUAAAGCCGAAAAUCAAGAACUCAGAGGACAGAAGACAUGUGAUAGUCAAGCUGAACAAACACAUGAAGUUUAUAAUACUCGAUAUAGAGGCCUAG